AUGAAACAGAAACAGAAGAGAUUCAUUGUUCAAAUUGUGCUCCAUAAGUGUCAAGACCUCGCGGCUGCUGAUCUCGACAUUUUAGGUGGCAAGAGCGACCCGUAUGUAAAUUUUACACUAGGCGGCGUCACGAAAAAGAGUUCAUGCAUCAAGAAAAACCUUAACCCAGAGUGGAUGCCACCCGAGAGGUUCGAUUUUAAGCUGGACGAGUGGGAGAACAAAUUCGUGAUUGCAGAUGUCUUCGACCACGACCGUUUUGGCAAAGACGACCUUAUUGGCUCAGCGGUGAUUCCACUUUCUCUUUUUGCCGGGAAUCGACAUAGCGAGGUGUACAGCUACCCACUCGUUGUUCCGGAAAAGAUGAGCGGUCCUCGAAGUGACCUAUUUCUACAGAUUAGUCUGUCGACCAUAGACGGCAAUUCUACCGACUAUUACUAUUAG